ACUGCAGUGUGAAACGUUUAAGUUGAAACUAAGUCUAAAACAGAAACAGCAAAGAAGAAAAACUUGUAGAAACAGAACUACAGAAAACAUUUUCUUGUGUAGUCUAGGUGGGCCGUACUGUUGUUUUAUUGACUAACUGACAGAAUACAAAAUCAAGAUCAGAAAAGACAAAGAUGACACUAAUUAUUCAGCUUCAUGACAUUGAUGUCAACAUUUGUUCUUAAUGAUCAUAUACCUCAAACAGGGUAACAGGUAAUGGGAUAAUUAUAAUUUCACAAUGUCUGCUGGCAGUGAGAGUGACUAUGACAUUGGACAGAUGCUUGCUGAUAUCCAUUUGGAGAUAUAUCACCCAGUUUUCCAAACAUUUGGAUAUAAUAGUAUUUCACAAUGUGAAACAUUAAAUAAUGAAGUUCUGCAAGAUAUGGGGAUUGCUCUGACUGGACAUCGUAAAAGAAUUCUUAAGAAACUUCAAGAUGUAUGUAUGAAAACAGGAAAAGAACUUCUAAAUCUUGAUAUUUCUGCUGAUGAGAUAAGUGGUAACACAGAUGGUCUCUUUCCAACAAAAGACAUAGACUUGUAUUCAGAUACUCCGAACACCAUACAAAAAAGUACUGAUCUUUCUGUCGACUCAACGGAUUGUAGAACAGAAACGCAUAAUGCAACAAAUGAAUAUAUGGAUGAUGGUAAACAAUCAGCGUGUAUUAAAAACAGUGUUAAUGACAUUCCAUUGGUUAAUGAGGAAGAAUCAGACCACCAAAAUUCAACUUUUUUUGAAUUCCAUGGACCAAUGGUGGAAAAUGAAAUUUAUAAUGAAUUCAAUGAUGUUGUGGACACAUCUAAAACAAGGAAUUUUCCAUCACGAUCAUUUGUGCUAAGACACAGACCUGUUCCAGAUUUACCUGUUCAUGCCCAAGAAAGAGUGAUUUCAUACAGUGAUAAUUCUGAAAGGAAUUCUUUGACCGACACACCAAACAAGGGUGAAGGUGCCUAUGAAAUACUUCAACCUAUUACACCAUAUGAAGAAACCUUCUUUUUCAGUGAUUCUGAAUUUAAGCAGGAAAUCUCUGGAGACAAUAUUUCUGUAUCACAAGAUUAUGAGCAGCAUGAAGAAAAACAAGAAAACAAUCAAAGUUACAGCUGUGAUUCUCCAUUGAAAAUACCUCCAAAUAAUGUGUCUUCACAAGUGGACCGAACUUCAGAGGAAUCUAUUUAUUCAACAAUGGAUGAAUGUUCUUCUGUGUUUGAAACCAAUAAGGAGAAGAGUCCCGCAAAUCAUUUUCUUGUAAAAAGCACAGAUAACAAUGAAUGUGCUGAUAAAGAAUUAAAAACCUUAAACAAUGAAAUCAAUAGCGAUUUAGAUAUUUCUCCCUAUGCAUGUUUUUAUGGGCCAUCGUCAACUUCAUGUAAAGCGGGGUGGUUAGAAAAACUCUCUCCUCACAGAAGCGGCAUGUUUCAAAAGCGUUGGGUAAAACUUGAUGGACAUAUCAUGUCUUAUUACCACAAUGACAGGGAUAUAUACUCAAAAGGGACAAUCUCACUCUCUGUCAUUACAAACAUUCAAGUUAUGGGAGAGAGCAAAUUUGGAAUUGUUACACCCCAGAGGACAUAUGUGUUUCGAGCUGAAAAAGAAGGUGAAAGGAAAGAAUGGAUUGUAACACUGCAAUAUUUAUUAAAAUGCCAAUCUAACACAUUCCCUGUGUUCAACCUCAGUGAUAAAAGUGGAUACCUUGAGCUGAAAGGAUAUAAGUAUAAAAUCUUUAUCAUCCUAAAUGGGAGCACAUUAUGGCUCAGUAAAAGCAAACAGGACGCCAGUGCUGGAAUUGCCAUCACAGAUAUUAAAAUGACAAUGGCAACUGUAAAAAGCAUGGAUCGUAAAUGUUUUGAAAUCAUUACCCCAUUUAGAAAUUUUUGUUUUACUGCGGAAUCAGAAAAAGAAAAACAAGAAUGGGUUGAGGUAAUUGACCAAUCCAUAGAGGAUACUUUAGCUGAUUAUGAAGUGGCUGAAAAAGUUUGGUUCAAUGAAUCAAAUAGGAGUUGUGCAGACUGUCGUGCUUCAGAUCCUGAUUGGACCUCUAUCAAUCUUGGUGUUGUCAUUUGCAAGGACUGUGCAGGCCAGCAUAGAUCGUUGGGAAGCAAAAUUUCUAAAGUGCACAGCCUGAAAUCGGAUUCCACCAUCUGGAGCAAUGAACUUGUUGAGCUUUUCAUAGUGGUGGGAAAUGAAAGGGUUAAUGGCUACUGGGAAGCAAAUUUGACACCUGGUAACAUGAUUCAUAUGACCUCCAGUAUGGCAGAGAGAAGACUUUUUAUAACACAGAAAUACAAAGAAGGUAGAUUUAAAAGAAAUUGUUCUGUGUCUCUAACACAAGAGCAAAUGAAUGAGGCUUUGUGUGCUGCAGUGAGUAAACCAGAUGUGUUGGAAACUAUGAUAUUAGUGUUUAGUGGAGCAGACCUCAUGUGCACAACAGGAGAUCCUGUCUACAGUACUCCAUAUCUUUUAGCAAAGAAGGCUGGUCAAUGUUUGCAGAUGGAGUUUUUGCACCAUAGCAGAUUUUCAGAUUAUAAAUCUACAGACUGUAAAGUGGAGAGUGGAGUGAAUCCAAAUUUAUUCUAUUCUGGAUUUUUAUACAAGGCAUCUUCAAGUUCCUCAAAAAUGCCGUCCAAUAAGAAGCUGAAAGAAGAAAUGAAGAGAUGGUGGUGUACCAUAGAAAAUAAUUUUAUGAGUUAUUAUGAAAAUGAAAAUACUUCAGAGCCAUGUGGAGUUAUUGAUCUAAGUGAAGGGACGUGUAUGGUUGCACAUCCAUCAGAUUCUUUAUUAAACAAAGGGGGCAUCUUUACCUUUGAGAUCUACUUACUGUCAGAACGUAUGUUUCUUUUUGGAGCUGAAAACGCAGAAUCUCAUAGAGAAUGGACAAAGGCAAUUGUAAAGAGUUUUGUACCUACUGUGGAAGAAUGUUUGGUGGAAUUAGAUUUUAAUAUAAUUGGGUACCUAUAUUAUAAAGAUUCCUACAGCCUUAACGAAUGGAAAGAAAGUUGGUUUGCUCUGGAAAAGACACGUCUGUAUUACUGUCAUAACCAAGAAAACAAUCAAGGGGAUUUUAUUCAACUAAAGAAACUGCAAGAACUUUCAUCAAGCUCAGCUAUGCUGAAUGGAGAGAAAAGAAAUAUUCUUGUGCUUGUUGAAAAUAAAAGAACAUUAUAUAUCCAUGGACAUACAAUACCAGAUUUCAUGGUCUGGCAUUCUGCAAUUGAAAAAGCAGCAGGUACAGAUGGUACCGCGCUACAAGAUCAGCAGCUCAGCAAAAACGACAUUCCUAUUAUGGUGAACAGCUGCAUAGCAUUUGUUACACAGUAUGGUUUGGGAAGUAAAUCUUUAUAUCUAAAGAAUGGAAACCCAGUGAAUGUGAAGCAGUUAGUAGAUGAUUUUAAAAAAGAUGCACGGAGCAUUAAACUAAAAGUCGGAAUGCAUCAACUGGAAGAUGUGACUGAUGUGCUGAAAUGUUUUCUAUAUGAAAUAAAUGAUGCUCUUCUGACAAAGGAACUUUACCCAUAUUGGAUCUCUGCCCUAGACAUACAGGAUGAAAAGGAGCGUGCAAUAAAGUACAAAACCAUUAUUGAAACCCUUCCAGCACUUAAUAAGGCAACACUAGCAGCCUUAAUUGAACAUCUUUACAGAAUUCAAAAGUGUUCUGAAAUCAACCAUCUGGAUACACAUAUUUUAGCCUCAGCUUUUUCUUCAUGUUUAUUUCAAACAUAUGGACAAAAUGAUCAAGAAAUAUGUGUGACGGAGGACUUAAUAAAUCACUAUAUAACAAUCUUUCAAGUCAGCAAAGAGCAAGAGCAGCAAAUGGAUAUUGAAAAUCAGUUUAUUACUAAAUGGAAAGAUACUCAGAUUACUCAUUCAGGGGAUUUGUUACUUGAAGUUUAUUUGGAGAAAAAAGAUCCUGAGAUGUGCAUAAUUAUUAGGAUGUCACCUACUAUGAAAGCAGAAGAGCUGACAUAUUGCGCUACUGGGAUAAAAAACAUUAGGCUAACAAAGGAUUUGUGUUGGGCUACAUUUGAAGUCAUUGAAAAUGGAGAACUUGAGCGUUUGAUUCACUACAAGGAAAAAGUACUGGAAACAGUUCUUCAGUGGAGAAUGUUAUCUGAUCCUGGAUCUGCCUACCUACUCGUUAAACCUAUUCAAACCUCUCAUCUGAUAAAGAGCCAAGGUGGGAAAAUGUCACAUUAUAACCAGUCAGGCUACAUGAAAUACAGAGAAGAUCCGUCAAAGCUACUUUCAGGAAAUAAAUUUCAAGAGAGAUAUUUUGUUUUGCAAGGAAGAAAACUUCUUCUUUACAAGGAUAUAAAGAGUAUUAAACCUGAAAAAGUGCUAUCUGUUGUUCCAUGCAGGCUUUAUGCUGGAAUAAGAAAAAAAUGUAAACCCCCUUCAAGUUGGGGUUUAACACUUUACUUUGAAAAGCAUCAAUGGCAACUAUGCUGUGACACACAAGAAAGCCAACUGAAGUGGCUGGCCUGUAUUCUCAAUGCACAGUACCCAGAUGAUGUAUUACCAUUAAGGAGUAGAGAUGAUCAAACGUCUACAAGUAAUAGUCCACUAAUGAGGAGAAUUCAUAUAAAUCAAGAAAAAGACACUAUAAAAACAAAUGGAACUACCGCACUUAAAAUAAAGCAUGCCACAUCCAUGUUAGAAAUCAACUCUACAUUGAAACAAAGAUCCUCGAUGGUGGCAGAGAUCUUAGAACACAAGGAAGAAGAAAAACUUAUUAACCAGAUAAAGCAUUGCAGUAUGGGCAACCUUGAAGACCCAACUCAUUUUUUUGUUAUACCAGACGUGAAAUCAAAGACAAUGAAUGCUAAAAUUGAUUUAGAAAACAAACAUAUGGCAUCUAGUACAAAACUGCCCCCAAGUCUUAUCAUGGAGCUUAAUUCUGUUCUUCAGAAAAACAAAAAAGGAAACUAGGAAUGAUUGCAAUAUAUUAUGUUUCUGUGUAGAGAAUAUUGAGGUAGAUCACAAUCCCUUAGAAAAGUGUAUCUAUGUUUUUUUUUAAAAGUCACCAUUAACCCUUUGGGGUCAAUUUAUGAAGCAGCGGAUGCUGCUUCCGACCCACUCCGUUUCAGUUCCGCCUGAAACGGAAGUUAAGAAGCAGCGGUCCUAAGAUAGCUGCUCCUUAACUCGUCCGCCACCUCUGAGAUGGCAGACAGCAAUCAGUCCGAACAAAUACGAUCGGGCUGAUUGACACCCCUUGCUAGGGGCCGAUUGGCCGCAAAUCUGCAGGGGGCGGUAUUGCACCAGCAGUUCGCAAGUGUAUGCUGUCGGCAUUUAUUGAUGUGCGGCUGACAUGAUACGCUACAUUGUAUCAUGUCCAUCCACACAAUAAUAAAUUUACCCCUUUGAGUGCUAAGCACUUUUCCACCUGGGUGCCACACAAUAAUAAAUUUACCCCUUUGAGUGCUAAGCACUUUCCCACCUGGGUGCUAAGCUGAUUAAAGUUUUUUUAUAAUUUUUUUAAAUAUAUAUAAAUAUUUUUUAUUAUUUCAGAUCCUUAAGACUUACACCGUUGGAAAGGUUAGGUGAUUACCUUUCAUAACGGUGGGUCUUGGGGGUCUGUAGCUGCUUAGAUGCCUGAGAUACAGGCUUCUAAGCAGCAUACCUCCCUUUCCCUAUACUUGUCAUUUUUAAAUAAAGUUGCGCGGUGACAUCGCCACGUCAUUGCGUGUGACGUCACCACGCAAAACGUGAAGCCCCGGCGAGGCCUGUCACUAUAGGCCCGAUUGCCCGGUUAGGAGCGGGUGGGAACCCCUAGAUCUCCCUCAAGGUGGGAGAGUGCUAGCGAUGGCUCUUAGCCGUUGUUAACACCUGAGUGGGAAACUCUGCGACGGCUCAAAGCCGUCUUUAGCACUCAAGAGGUUAAAGAUAAUUCUAGAUAAAUCAUUUUAAAAGCUUUACUAAAUAACUUUGAUCAACCACAUGCAAAGUUACAAGUUGUUUGAAAUAAAAAUAAGUAUGUUGCUCACCACUUUUAAAGGCACAGUUAAAACAAAUUGUAUCAUGCAUAUGACAGAGGACCAGUUAGAAAUUGUAACCUUUUUAAUUAAAUUAAAAAAGGAAAUAUUUUAUGAAAUUCAUUUAAUUACACAAAUUUAAAUGUAUUGGUGGAAAGUGACACAUCCUACAAAAUGAUGAUACCUACUGUACAGUAUGUCCUUUAUGCUUAGUAAAUACAAUUAUGUGCAGGAAUUAGUUAUUUCAAAUUAAAAUAAUUGAAUCUACACUUAGGGGCCCAUUUAUCAAGCUCCGUACGGAGCUUGUGGGCCUGUGUUUCUGGCGAGUCUUCAGACCGCUGAUCGAGUACGAUCAGGUUGAUUGACAGCUCCCUGCUGGCGGCCCAUUGGCCGCGAGUCAGCAGGGGGCGGAGUUGCACCAGCCGCUUUUGUGAACUGCUGGUGUAAUGUUAAAUGUGGAGAGCGUAUUGCUCUCCGCAUUCAGCGAGGUCUUGCGGACCUGAUCCGCACUGUCGGAUCAAGUCUGCAAGACCUUUAAUAAAUAUGCCCCUUAAUAUUUAAAUUAUGAAUAAUAUACUAGAGGUAUAUUAAAGCCAUAUUAGAUUGUUGUCUGACACAUAUAUAUGCCUACCCACAAAAAUUGUAUGCAAUGAGUUUUGUUUCUGUUGAACCUUUGGGGAUUUUAUUAUUUAUUUACUGUAAAUGUCUGACAGCUAACAAAAUAAUGAAAGAUGCUAUGAUUUGUUUUCCUAAAUCAGGCCAGUCGCAUCCAAGGGCUACAAUGCACUUCCUCUUCUAUAAACAGAAUAAUGUAUAUGGAGCACAUUGUAGCCUGGCCGUGGAGGGAUCAGUUUUAGCACAGACUAUAAACUAAAUUUACAUUAAAAGGAUAUGAAACCCAAAACUUUUCUUUUGUGACUCAGACAGAGCAAACAAUUUUAAAUUAGUGUUUAAUUUACUUCUAUUAUCAAAUUUGCUUUGUUCCCAUUGGUACUCUUUGUUGAAGAGAAACGUAGGUAGGUACUGAUGCCACCUACAGCUCUUGCGAAUGAUUAUUAUUUUUGCAAGGUGCUGCCAUAGAGUGCUCUAGAGACAUGCACGCUCCUGUCCUUGCUUUUCAACAAAAGAUACCAAAAGAACAAAGAAAACUUGAUAAUACAAAUAAACUAGAACGUUGUUUGAAAUUACAUGUUCUAUCUGAAUCAUGAAAGAAAUAUUUUGGGUUUCAUGUCCCUUUAAAAGUUUACAUCCUAUUACAUUCAUCUUUCAUUCCUGUGACAUUUCAAUGUAUAUAAAAAGAACUGUUAAAUGCUUUAUUUUAUGAAAUAUUGAAUGUAAUUAAAUGUAUUAGGCAAUGGCUGCUCACACAUGUUUGUUACAUUGUUAUUGUUAUAUUGUGCCUGUUAUAUUAUUAUAUGUACUCUGUUGAAAGCUUCCUGUCUAUUGCACUGUAAUCAAAAUCUAUUAAUGUGAAAGAGAAGAAAACCUGACUUGUACAGCUUAAAACAAAUAUGAAAUCAUUUCCAUUUUGCUCUAUGUAUCAAGUUUAUGAUAUUGUAAAAUAAAAAAUUAAACAAA